CUUCAAGUAAGAAAUCAAAAAUGCACAACGCAUGUGAGCUGUGAAUUGUGUUAAGUGAUUAUUAUUGCUAAAUUAAGUUUCUGAAAUUGUAGAGUCAUGGCUGGCGUUAAAACUAUUGAAGAAACUGAACAAGUGUUGGAUAAUGAGGAAGAAGAGGAAGUUGACGGUGUAGAGGAAUCCGACACCAAAGACCCCGCUAAAAAGAAGAAAAAGAAAAAAAAGAAGAAGAAGACAGCUACACCUACUGAGGGAACAGGAGAAAAUGGUACUGAAAUAGUGUCUGAAAAAAACAAUGUGGCGCCAGUUGAAAACAAUGCUGGUGAAGGUGAAGACAAAAAGAAGAAAAAGAAAAAUAAGAACAAAAAUAAAAGUGGCAUAAAAUCACAAACUAGCCCACCUACAAUUCCUAUUGCUGAGCUCUUCCCUGACGGAAACUUCCCUGAGGGUCAGAUAAUGGACCACGGUCCAGCUGAAGGUAUUGAUGAGAGAACUGCUAAAGAAAGAUUCUCAAGUGAAGAAAAGAGAGCAUUGGAUAGGAUGCAUCAAGAUAUCUAUCAAGAGAUAAGACAUGCUGCAGAAGCACAUAGGCAGACUCGGAAGCACAUGCGUGAAUGGAUUAAACCAGGUAUGACUAUGAUUGAAAUAUGCGAAGAGUUGGAAUCAUCUGCUCGACGUCUAAUUGGUGAAGAUGGGUUGAAGGCAGGGCUGGCUUUCCCUACUGGUUGUAGCCGUAAUCACUGUGCUGCUCAUUACACUCCUAACACUGGUGACACCACAGUAUUAGAAUAUGAUGAUGUCGUCAAGAUAGAUUUUGGUACACACAUUAAUGGACGUAUCAUUGAUUGCGCCUUCACGCUCCACUUCAACCCGCGUUAUGAUCCUUUGGUGAAGGGCGUUCAAGAGGCAACAGAGGCUGGUAUUAAGGCUUCAGGGGUUGAUGUAAGGUUGUGUGAUGUUGGUGCUGCAGUACAAGAGGUCAUGGAGUCCCAUGAAGUGGAAAUAGAUGGACAGAUUUACCAGGUGAAGCCAAUCCGAAACCUCAAUGGUCACUCUAUUGGACCAUACCGCAUUCAUGCGGGUAAAACAGUGCCCAUAGUAAAGGGAGGUGAAACAACGCGUAUGGAGGAAAACGAGUUCUACGCGAUCGAGACGUUUGGCUCCACGGGCCGUGGUCAAGUACACGAUGACAUGGACUGUUCGCAUUAUAUGAAGAACUUUGACCAGCAAUAUGUGCCUUUACGCCUUCAAUCAUCAAAACAACUACUGAACUUGAUAAACAAGAAUUUCAGUACGUUAGCGUUCUGCAAAAGGUGGUUAGAACGCGCAGGGGCCACUCGCUAUGCUAUGGCUCUGAAGGACUUGUGCGAUAAGGGCGUUGUAGACGCCUAUCCGCCCCUUUGCGACAUAAAGGGCUGUUACACGGCCCAGUUUGAGCAUACAAUUCUUCUAAGACCAACUUGCAAGGAAGUUGUAUCGCGUGGAGACGAUUAUUAGAUUCGUAUUUUUAAAUGUUGCAAUUAAAUGAACAAAUCGUAAUUUUUUUGCCUUAUUUUAAGAGUUUUUGUGAAAACCGCGGUGCGGCGCGUAUUUUCAAACGUCAAAUCGAGUUUCAAAAUGUAAAUUGUUUUCUUGUGGCUUUACAUAGUUUUGGUGUGAUAAUCUGUUGAGAACUGUCAAAAAUGUCUAGAAAUUUCAUUUUAAUUAACGUUUUUAAAUACUCAAAGACGUCUCUCGUCUUGAGAAUGCGAAUGUCAAACUUCAAAAAUGACAUCCAUUGAAACUAGAUUGGAGCGGUUUUCAUUUGAAAUAAACGUAAAAUGUGUCGUUUUUUUUUCAAGUUUAUUACAAAUAAAAACUACUUAUCUUAAUAACUUUUAUAUGUCGAAUAACAUUGCUUUUGUGUGCUUAUAUAAGAAUAUAAAUAGAUAUAAUUCAUCACAGUGUCAUUUUGUAACGCCUCGAAUACAUAUUGGGAAAAAGUUUAACUAAUUUGUAAGAUUUUGUAAACAUUUUUACAUUAAAUGUUCUUCCUACAAAUGUUUUCCAUUACAUUUUGGAAUUCUUUUUUCAAAAAUUCAAUUUAAAAUAUAAGCCCAAGGCUUACUCUAACAUUCUUAAAAAAUCAAUCAUUUGCAUUCUUGAACUGAAGUACUCUGUCUUUUUCUGUCAAAUGGUGUUUACGCUGUGAUGAAAAGAGAUGAGUAUUUUAGUUGAAGGGUGCGACUUCGAUUAGACUGAUUUUUUACGAAUAAAGUUACUUUAGUAUCAACUUAUAGUUACUUAAUAUGUAUGGGUUUAUAGGUUUGACUGAUAUCUAUAAAAACUAACCUUAAUUAAAGUUAUGUAUUUA